CUGACAUGCCUGUAAUCAGGAGGUGGUGGUGCCAUCAGUUACUACAGGCAUUUCCUCUGGCAAGUCAAGUUCAACAGUCAGUCACCAAACAAACAAUCUUACUGGAGCUAAACAUCAUGGAGGUCACCCCAUCUGUGUUAGACAUCAUGGAGGUCACCCCAUCUAUGCCAGACCUCAUGGAGGUCACUCCAACACAGAGAAUCCAUGACUCGGCGGUGAUGAAACAGACUCUGCUUGCCUGUGAGUGGGUGGAGGAGAACAGACUCCACUUUGCUGGGAAAGUUCACUUACCACGGAUCAUGAGGAUGAACGAGGAUGAUGCCUUGUUGGCCAUCACAAUGCAGGACCUGUUUAUCAACACUAUUUUUUAUGAAAGUGAAAUGGACGAAGAGAAAAUCCGGGCUCCCUUCCUUUUCACCUUCGAGAGAUUAGAGGAAAUAUACGAUAAAAGAAAUAUUCAUGUGUCUUGCCUGCACAACCCUCACCGCUAACAAGUUAAUUAGUGGGGUAGAUCUGUGAAAAUAUUGUUUUUACGUGUAGUUUUAGGUUUUGUAAAAUGUUUUUUUUUUUUAACCCAUUAAAGUUUUGUGGGGAAAAAAUGUGUUCUUGAAAUCUAAUAUACUAAAAUUUUAUUUUGUAUCUUUUAUCAUAUUAUAUUUUUUUUCCUAGAGGGAAGAUUGAUUUUUAUGUUAGAUGUACAUUUAGCUAAUAAAGCUGAAUAGAAAUAAAAUAAAUUCAGCAACACUUGAGGGCAGUGGAGUAUGUGACUAAUAAAUUGUAAAUUAAGUAACACUCCCAGUCUACUACCAAAUGUUCAUGGAGUUGGUUGCCUUUCUGCCAGUCUCAGAGCACACGUCCUCUUGUUUUGUUCUUUAGUGUGACACAUGGCUGGGUUCAGACUAC